AUGUCGGAUAUACUCGAAGGAAAACCAUCGUGCGAAGUUAUUGAAAAUGCCAAACUCCCUGCCAACGUGGACACGUUCGACGAAACGGCCAACGCCGCCGUGAAUGCUGCCCUUGUACGCAAGCAGGACAUGCGCAUUGUCCCCCUUUGCGCAAUGAUGUAUCUCCUCGCCUACCUCGACCGGUCGAACAUUGGGAAUGCGAAGAUCAUGAACCAGGACCAGGGCAAGGACCUCCUCAGCGUAACGGCGACAUCCUCGUACCAGUAUUCCAUUUCGCUGGCCGUCUUCCUCGUGGCGUACACCAUCUUCGAAAUCCCCGCCAACUACUUCCUCAAACUCAUGGGCCCGUCCAAGUGGUUUUGCGUGCUGAUGGUCUCCUGGGGCACAAUUGCAAGCUGCAUGAGCGCCAUCGAAAACUUCGGUGGCUUGAUGGCAACCAGGUUCAUGCUCGGCGUUUUCGAGGCUGGUCUUGCGCCUGGUCUAGCAUACUAUAUCACCUUCUGGUAUCGUGCCAACGAACGCUCCAUCCGACUGGCAUUCAUUUAUUCGACCGCCACAUUGGCUGGUGCUUUUGGAGGCGCAUUGGCAUACGGUAUCUCGCAUCUUAAUAUGGCCCGUGGUAUAGAAGGCUGGCGGUGGCUGUUCAUAAUCGAAGGUCUCCCCUCCGUAAUCGGCGGCUUCAUUGUGCUCGCCUUCCUACCAGACUAUCCGGAGAAGACCCGGUUCCUGAAAGAAGAGGAACGCCAGCUCGCCAUAGCCCGUAUGGAGUUCAACGGCUCAAAGGGGUCUGCUGGGAACAUGACCUGGGCCCAGGCGAGAGAAACACUAUGUGAUUUGCGCCUCUACGGCCAUUAUAUAGUGUACUUCAGCAAGUCGUGCCCAUUCUCCAGUCUGUCACUGUUCACGCCCAGCAUUGUAAGCGGCCUGGGAUAUGGAUCUGUCCAGGCCCAGCUGAUGACCGUUCCACCUUAUGCCGCUGCCUUCAUCACAACGCUAGUGGCAGCGUACUACUCCGACAAAACCGGCCAUCGCGCCCUGUUCACAAUCGGCCUGAUGCUCGUCGGCGCAGCAGGGUUCAUUGCGUCCGCGGCCCUCCCACCAGACGACUACAUAGCCCGCUACAUCUGCCUCAUAAUCUGCUGCAUGGGGACAUUUGCCACGAUCCCGAUUCUGCUCGGCUGGCUAUCCGCAAACCUGCAUUCGACGUCCGCCCAGGGCCUAGCUAUUGCUCUGAACAUCAGCUUCGGAGCACCCGGCCAGAUCACGGGAACCUGGAUAUACCAGGAUAGCGAGCAGCAGAGCGGGUAUCCAACCGGGCACUGGGUGAAUGGGGCGCUGUUGCUGCUUGGGCCGGCGUUGACGGGGGGUUUGGUUGUGCUGUAUGCGAGGAGGAAUCGGAGGAUUGACCGCGGGCUGAGUGACUCGCCCCGGUGGGCUCUUUGA